AUGACGUACCAGCAGGGAUCAUCGAUCGAUCAUGUCUUUGAACGUGGAGCUUUGGACUGGCUUGGUUUGAGUUUUGUAUUUAUGGGUAUAUUUUGGGCUAUCUUUGUCUUUAUUGAGAUGUUUGGAGGGUUUCCCUCACUUUCUUAUCGAAUUGCUGAACGUGUAGGUGCCUUAAUAAUAUAUACAUCUUUGUAUAUUGUGGUGCUUUCGUUGGUUCAUGCUCAUGUACCUGUUGAUGUAAAUGUAAGUGGGUGGUUUAGACGGCGAUUUAAGCGAAAUAAGCUAGAUAGUUAG